UGUCUCUGUAAUUCAAGCAGUUUAUGAGCAAAGCAAGAGAGACCAAUUUUUGAUGAAAUUGCGAUCUGAAUUUGAGAGUGUUUGCUCUAACUUGAUGAAUCGAAACCCGUCCCCUUCUUUAGAUAUCUGUUUUAGGGAAUUACUUCGUAAAGAGCAGCGUCUUUUCACACAAAAUGCUUUCAAUCAAGAAAACGUCCAGCUUGUUGCAUUUGCUCCUCAAGGAAAAGGAAAGUGUAGGGAUAUGAGCAAAAUUCAGUGCUAUAGUUGCAAGCAAUAUGACCAUAUUGCAUAUUGCGAGCAAUUGUGGUAAGAAGUUUUGUAAUUAUUGUAAACAACACGGGCAUAUAAUCAAAGAUUGUCCUACAUGUCCUCAAAAUCAUAGGAUCAAUGCCUUCCAAGCGGAGAUGAAUGGUUCCACUUUUGAUAACUCAUAUUCAACAGGAACUAACAACCAAUUUGCUACUCCGGCAAUUGGACGAGUUCUAACUACUGAACUGGUACAACAAAUGAUUGUGUCAGCCCUUUCAGCCUUGGCGAAAGGAUCAAGUGUCGGGGAAGAUAAUCGUGAAUGGGCCUAAAGUUGGAAGAUUAUUUCCUAUACACUUUUCCGUUCCUCGUUUUCUAUCUUUUGCUUAUACUCCUACAACUAGUAAGACAGAGGUUUGGCAUAAGCGACUAGGACAUCCGAAUUCUGUUGUGUUGUCUCAUUUAUCAAAUUCUGGUCCAUUAGGAAAUAAAAAUCAAUUUUCAGUUGCUUCCUUUGAUUGUUCUACUUGUAAAUUAGGGAAAAGUAAAACUCUUCCUUUUCCUAAUUUUGAUAGUCGUGCUACAAAGUGUUUUGAUGUAAUUCAUAGUGAUGUUUGGGGCAUUUCACCAAUUGUUUCACAUGCUCAUUUCUAGUACAUUGUGACAUUCAUAGAUGAUUAUAGUCGGUUUACAUGGUUGUAUUUUCUUCGAUCCAAAGCUGAAGUGUUUUCCAUGUUCAAGAAAUUUUUGUCUUACAUUGAGAAUCAGUUUUCCACAUGUAUCAAAGUAUUAAGAUCUGAUUCUGGUGGAGAA